AUGGCCACCCACCAGCACGGCGCCGCCGCGAGCGACUGGGUCACCGAGGCCACCUCCAUGACCUCCGCGACCCUCGACACCUAUCUGAACGAUCACCUGUACCAGGGCGGGCGAAGAUACCACUCCUAUCGCGAAGGCCGCUACGCCCUCCCGAAUGAUGAGAUAGAGCAACACCGCGAAGAAGUUAUGCACAUCCUAGUCAUGGACAUCCUGGACAACAACCUGUUCCUCGCCCCCAUGAGUGAGCCCCCGACCAAGAUUAUGGAUCUUGCUACCGGUGUCGGCCUGUGGGCUGUCGAGAUGGGUGAUCGCUUCCCCGAUGCCACCAUACUCGGUGUAGAUCUAAGUCCCAUACAGCCAACCUCGGUACCGCCUAAUGUCUCUUUUCAAAUAGACGACGUGGAGGACACUUGGGUACACGACACCGACUACGACUUCAUCCACAUGCGUGAGUCUUCGGCAUAUAUGAAGUCCACACCUACAGUCGUAGAAAAUUCCUUCGCACACCUCCGGCCCGGCGGCUGGUUAGAGCUGCAGGAAUUCCACUGGGAGGCCAUCGCGGAGGACGGCACGAUAUCCCCAACCAACGCUGUCAACGCCUACCUAGAGGCCAUGUACGAAUACGGGCGGCUGGAAGGCCGGGAGAUAAAUAUCGUGCCCAAGAUGGGCGAGCUCAUGCGCAAGGCCGGGUUCGUCAACGUGCAGUGCCGGACCUUCCAGGUGCCGUACGGGAAGUGGCCCCGAGAGGAGAGGCAGAAAAGGAGAGGUGCCUACAUGGUGGCCACGUGCCAGAUCCUGAUACCGGCGUGCAACUCGCUGCUCAGCACCAUGGGCAUGCCUGAGGAGCAGGUCGAUGCCAUGUUUGCAGGCAUCGGCGAGAUGCUGCACGAUCACACGGUGCGCUGUCACAAUACCUACUACGUGUGGUCCGGGCAGAAACCAGAGCGCGCCGCGGGUGUGUGA